AUGGAGUGUCAAUCCCAAGUGAUUACAACCAAAUUGCCAUAUUCUCUUUUACAAUUAUUAUCAAAUCCUUUGAUUCUUUACCAGAUUAUCCCCUAUCUCCCCGUUUCUUCUCUCUUGGCUCUGGGGGCUAUUUCAAAAUCUUUCAAAGAACUGGUUCAUGAGACUCCACAUGUUUUCCGUUACUUGAAGCUCUCCGAUGUCAAAUAUGCAAAGUACAAGGUGGGAUCAAUUGACAACGGUGGAAAGGUCUGGAGAAAUGUUCAGUUGGCUGAGAAUGUGACAGAAGACGACUUUUAUGGUGGCCCAUUGAGAGGUAUCUUCAAGUACCUUCGCAAUCGAAAUCUACUGCUUGAUGUCCAAACUUUGAUUCUGGAUGGUCUUUCUGUCCCUUCCGACCUGGUGAGCGACAUUAUUCUGAACGACUCCUACAAUGUUCGCCUCCUGUCAAUUCGCGAAGUACAAAACCUGAACGAAGCAAAAUUGAGGGGAGCUCUUAAAUAUUCGUGUCGCCCUUCAAGACCCCCGAAUACGCCUCGACUUCAAGGGCUCUAUUUUUUUAGUCACAAGGAUAUUCCAUCAGUUGUGAAAUCUCGAAGGCAUGUGAAUAAGUAUCCUGCUGGCAUCGCGCCUAUAGAUACAAUUCCCAACUAUGGAGUGACGUCCUCUCAAGGAGCGCAGCUUGGGGCGCAACGGAAUCGAAGAUCCGAAAAUGCGUUAGAAGAGGGUAUGCUGCAUGAGGGUGAAGUUUGGCAUCCAGGUAGUGGGAACAUGUUCCUAAAGCCCAUUCAUGACGACUGGGCACAUGUCAUGAUCUACUGUGAAGGAAUCAUCAGUUUUGAUGCUCUUCCGUGCAAAGGACCUCGUCAUGCAGCAAGCUUACCACGUGAGGGUCCAGGCCCGUGGUACAAACGCUUGCAAAAUCGCCUAGACGCGCGUGUAGCGACUCGUUCUCUAAAUGAGUGUAGUGGCUGUGGGACUUCUAAAGGUGCCUCAGUGUUCGGACAAUCACCUAUAGUCAGUUUACCACUUUUGACACCCCUUCCUAUUCAUGUCUCCACCAUCAAGGCCGCAAAGACACUAUUUGACGGUUCGGCGUCUCAAAAAGCUGCCUUUUCUGCGGACUCAAUUGUCACGAGUGUAUACAAAAAACUCAGUUGCGAUGUAAAAUAUGCAAUGGGGGAUAUUGCACGGUUCAUAAUGAGGGAUCUACUCUUACCACAGCAGGUCGCCAUGAUACCAGUUGGUGUAGAUAUUAAUACUGACACGUACCUAGGUGUUCUCGCAGUGGUCGACGAACGAGAGAGUUAUAUUGACUCAUUCUCGCCUAUUACACUUUUCAGCACAAGAACGGAUACGAUCUUUCCUCGUGGCCAUCAAUCAUCGACUAUCGAUACGACGACUAGCGUAUUUGAUAUUUGGGAUUGA